UGAAAUACUAUUGAAAUGUAUUGAAACACAUAAUCAUGUCUUAAAUAUAGUUGAAUUGAAAACUAAUGCAAACUUCCCUCUCAUUUGUGACCCUUUAAUGAAACCAUUAAUUGAUUGUUUGAUUGAUUUUAUAUCCAAAUUGUAUUGAUUUAUCAAUUGUCCAAAUAUUAGUCUAAAUUAUAUCUGAAAAUUGUGUCACACUUUCACUUUUACACAACUAUUAUAAUAAUAAAACAUUUGAAAAUUGUUUGUCAUUUUUGAUGAUUUUGUUUGAUUUGUUUUCAUUUGAUUAUAAUUGUCCAAAACUAUCACCAUUUGAUUUAAUUUGUUGUAUCCAAUGGAUCACUCAAAUAAUGACAACGAGAUCUGUGAUACAAACGAAGUAAAGAGAUUGUCAAAGACAUAUCAAUUAUGUUAUGAGUUAUAUAAUACCGAAAACAAUUACGUGAAUAUCUUGAAGGCCAUCAUUCGGAUUAUCAAAGAACCAUUAAGAGUGCAAACUGAUGGAUAUCCCGAUGAGUUUGAAAUAAAGGCGAUGUUUAGUUGUUUGGAUCCCAUUAUCGAUGUCCACGAAAAGAUUUUACAUAAACUAAAGAUUAUUGUCGAUGACUGGAGUGAUGAUAAUGAAAUUGGACGCGUAUUUCUUGAUCACUCUCAACAAUUAUUGACUGCUUAUCCACAAUACGUUAAUUUUCAUGAAAAAACUAAAGAAAUGAUCGAUAAAUGCAUUGAAAAGUAUCCCAAAUUUAAGGACUUCUUGAAGACAUCACAGUCUGAUCCUCAAUGCGGACGUCAAACUCUGAAGGAAUUACUUAUAAAUCCAAUACAACGUCUACCAAGAGUUCAACUUCUUCUCAAAAAUAUUAUUGAUAAAACCGAUGUAUCAAAAGCUGACUAUAAGUCCCUUAAAGAAGCUCUAAAUACUAUAAUUGAAGUGAAUAAACGAAUUAAUAAGGAAAAAGAGAAAACAGAGGGUCAGCUAAAGUUGUUUGAUAUGAUGAAUGAUAUCGAGGGCUGUCCGCCGACAAUCAUUUCAUCUCAACGACAAUUUAUUUUCAGUUGUGAUGUCAAACUAUUGAUCAAAAACGAUUCAAAAGAUACGGAUGUGUUUGAGUUAAUACCGUUUGAAAAUUAUGUGUUUACACUGCUUUUGUUUAAUGAUCUAAUACUUUUGUGUAAAAAGAGAACAAUAAAGCGAACAAAUUCAUUAAAAGCAUCGAUUAGUAGUCAUAACUCUGGAGUAAAGAAAAAUUUAAAGAAGUCAUACAAACAUAUCGAAACCAUUGAUUUAUCGUCCAUUAAAUGUUUAUAUUAUGAAGAUUCCGAUGAAUUUAAGAAUUCAUUUGUAAUCGUGAAGUAUCCAAACCAUGUCGACAGAACGUUCCCAGUCUUACCCUUUGAUAUCAAGUCGUCUGACUGUAAUCGCAACAAAGUCCUCACACAUAUCACUGAUGCUAUCAAUGAUUUAACACCGGAUGAAGUGAAAGGAAAGGAAAUACAGAUUCGUUACGAAUUUAAAUCAUUGGCUAAUGUUAUGGAUUACGCCAACAGAAUCGCACAAUUCACCAGUCGGUCCAAAUAUUCAUUGAUGAAAACCAAAGAAAAGCUGAAUCGAUCACUUUCGGUGAAAAGGUCUUCAUUAAUACCAUCCAUGUCUUUAGAGUCUCUUCAAGUGCCUUCAACGUCACUUCCGCCGUCCUCACCGUCCUCUGGAAGACGAAUCAGUCGAAUGUUUUCCAGUUUCUUGAGUCCAAUGGGUCUUCCAAAUCGUAAUUCAAAUCGUUAUCUCACAUCAAUGACAUCAAUGACGAGUCUUAACGAGAACUCUGACAUUGAAACUGAUAAUACUUUUAGUCUUCCGACAACUCCGGCACCGCGCAAGAAAAAGUGUCAAACAAUUGAACAAAAUUGAUAAACAAAACUAUUUAUAUAUUUUAAACACAUAUACAC